CUUUUUUUUUUCUUUUCUCACAGCACUUCACAGAACUCCUUGAUGAUUUUUCCCAGGAUGUUUUGGGGCAGCUCUUGAAUGACCCCUUCCUGUCUGAGAAAAAUGAGAUGAUGGAAGUGGAGCUAUCACCAGUUUCUCCAGCUCCCCUCAUCCAGGCAGAGCAUAGCUACUCGCUUUGUGGGGACUCUCGGCCCCAGUCGCCACUGACACAUAUUUCAGCUGAUGACAAUUUCAAUGAAGCUGACUUGGAAAAUGAAGACUGGUGCCUGGGAUCGGAGCUGACGUCGGCCAACAUAAAGACAGAACCAGCAGUGGCUGAAGCGCCCGGCCUUGCUCCCUCAGGCAGUCUCACUGCUUCCCCCAGCCCCACGGUCCUGGAUGGGGAAGAGCCACGGCUGCAGGAUGAUGGCAUGAUUAAAUCACAGAGUCACAAAGUUCUUCCUGAGAUUAAACUGGAGCCACAUGAAGUGGAUCAAUUUUUGAACCUUUCAUCCAAGGAAGUGGUGGAUACCUUGCACAUGCCUCCAACUCCUCCCAGCAGCCACGGCAGUGAUUCUGAGUGUGGACAAAGCCCAACCCGGUCCCUCCCACCAUCAAGUCCCACCCAGUUACAGGCCACUGUUAAAGUGACUUCACGCACAGCUUCAGCACUCACCAAUUCACCUCUCUUAACAGCACCGCAUAAACUGCAGGGCACAGGUCCCCUAAUCUUGACAGAGGAGGAGAAGAGAACGUUGAUAGCAGAAGGAUAUCCCAUCCCUACAAAACUUCCCCUCACUAAAGCAGAAGAGAAAGCACUGAAGAAGAUCCGUAGAAAGAUCAAGAACAAGAUUUCUGCCCAAGAAAGCAGGCGGAAAAAGAAAGAAUAUAUGGACAGCCUGGAGAAGAGGGUUGAAUCCUGCUCAACUGAGAACAGUGAGCUUCGCAAGAAAGUGGAAGUUCUGGAGAAUACAAACAGAACACUCCUGCAGCAAUUACAGAGGCUCCAAACCAUGGUAGCUGGCAAAGUGUCACGCUCAUGUAAAGCUGCUAGUACGCAAACAGGGACAUGUCUCAUGGUUGUAGUAUUAUGCUUUGCAAUUAUUUUGGGCAGCUUUUCACAGAGUUAUGGACCUAAUUCCUCCAUCACAAAAGCUGUGCUGCCAACUCAGCAUUCUACACCAGAGUCAUAUACAGCAUCUAUAGUGAGAUCAAGGAGCCUGCUGACUUAUGAGGGACCUUAUCCACUUGAGGAACAGCCCUUCUCAGAACAUAGCAAUGGCUGGGACAGGCACCUGGAUGCUUCCAAGGCCCUGUCUUUGGAACCUGUAUCCAGAUCACAACCCAAUCAGGUUACAGAGAUCACAAUAGCCAAUGAGACAAGGCUAGAAAAGUCAGUGCUGGUGGGGCUGCAGCAGCACAGAGUCAGUUCAGAGCUGGAUGCAAAUGAAACACUAAAGAUUGUUGAAAUUGACAGAAGAGUCAACGCUACAUCUUAGAAAGGAGAAAGGAACAUUUUCCCCCCUUAUAUCUUCCAUCUUCUUUCCAACCAAAAGAUCUGAAGGACUUGCCACUGUCAGUAAAUUUCAAUUGCAAGAAUGGAGCACUUGUCUGAUUUUUGUAAUGACGUGUGAGAAAGUGGCUUUGGUUGGCUAUUCUCCAAAAUUUCUAAUUCUCACCUGUUAGUUUGCCUCUUCAUUCCUAAACCCAGGAAGAUGGUGUUGGUGGAGAGAUAUGAUAAAGGCAGACCUUUCUUGUCCCACUGUUUAAAAAAAAGUAACUGUCAUGCCUGAGUUCUGCCAUAGUAUUCAUAUUGGGAUGAACUAUGUUGAUGCUAUUUUUAAUGCCACCAGUGGUAGGGUGUUGCCUUCAGUGAAAAGCUCCUCUGGAGCUUCUAUGAUCAUGGUGAAGCAGAAGCAUAACCAAGGAACUUUUUUUUCCACCUUCUCUAGAAGAACUGGACUGUAGACAUGUUCUAUGUCCUAGUGGGCAAGAACAGUUCUGGCAAAACAUUUUGGUUUUGGUAGACUCAGAAGUUUCAGAGUUCCUUUUCUCCCAUAGUGACAUCUAUGGCUUAAGGCCGUCUUUCAGUACAUUAGCUUAACUUUUCCCAGUCUGAUGACUUCUAGCUGUGUUGUGACAGAACAGAAUUCCCAGUAAGUAGAGAACGUAUACCAGGUUCUCAUAUGGAUAAAGCCUCUGGUUGCUUAUAUUCUCCUAUUCUUAUAUUCUCCUGUAUCUUUCUAUUGUAAAUAGUAUUUAUUAGUUUUUUUUUUCCUAUGAUCCAAGCUGGAAUGGCAAGUCAAGGAUAUAAGAUCCUUCAAAUGAUCUUAGUGGACUUUGAAAAACUUCCAAAACUUCUUUUAGGCUCCAGGCAUUAAACUUUUAAAAGUUUAUAUAUAUAUGUAUUUCAAAUUUGUCACUGCCCUUCUUACUGGGGUGACUCUGAGCGAUAUAAUCUAAAUAAGAUUUUUCCUACUUCCUAACAUGUUAUUUUGUUUUCUCAGUUGUACUUGUUCUUAAAUUGGCUGUUGCUGUGAAAACCAGCAAAGAUUCCAGUCUCCAGCGAGCUCCAAAUACUAUAAUCUUAAAUGAUCAGAACUUUUUGGGAGGAAUUAUUAGUAUGGAUACGUUAAAAUAGCACUUCCUCUAUAAAAUACAGUUGCAUAGCGCCCUUCAUAAAAAAAAUUACUUACAUGCUUAGAAUUAACAAAAUAAUAUGUCCAAAUCACUUUCUAGUGAGGGAUUUUGCAAAUAUCAAACCUGGACAACAAUGUUUAUUUUCAUGCACUGUAUUAUUCAUGAUGCCAUCAUUGAUUCCAGAGGUCUGUAGCUAAUAGAUUUUAGAUAGCUGGUGGGUGGGUUCUAAAAGAAGAGGAUGUUAUUUUAAACUCUAUAUUUAUGGAUAUCAAUUAUGGGGUUGUGAUGCUCUUAAUAAUUGAGUAGUGUGUAGACAGUGUAUUUCUUUUGCUGUGUAUAUGCUUCAAUUGUAUUCACUGUUUUUUAUUGUGCAAAGUAAAGUAUUUUAACUAGCUAAUGUUUCCGGAUCAAAUGUUGACUGAUGCAAAUUGGUAGUUUUCCAUUAUAUAAGAAUUUGACAAUUUGCUCCUCUUUUUCGUCUGUCCCCAGAAACAUUCAGUUCAUGAUUUACAAAUCUGGGUUGAAUGUCAAAUUUUAAAUGUUUUUCAGGAAAUAUCUGAAUGUAGGGAUUUUUUCCCCCAACCUUCAAUUUUGAGGAGUGGGUGCUAUCUACUCAUAGUUUAGCUGUCAAUAAAACGAAUGACUAAUAUUAAUUGCCAGUCAUGGCUGGCUCCUAUGAAGAAAUUAAGAUUUCUAAUGCCAGAAGGCCAUUGUGCAAACCACCCCCUCCCAGUAUAAAAUGUUGUAUAUUUAGCAUCUUCUCUCUCGCUCUGUGAUAAAAAUAAUUCUUCUGUAAUUGCUAAUCGGAAACAAACUGCUCUUUUUGUGUUGUUAUUUUGAAGGUGAAAGCUUGUAGGCAAGCUUUCUCCAACCCAAUGUCCUCCAGCUGGACAUGUUGAUUUAUUAGUCUCUUCUUCCCCCACCCCUCCCUGAAGCCUUGCACCCAAUAUUUGUAGAGCUGAAUCCAACACUUCAGAGCCCAGACCUGUUGGUUCUCAUGUCAUAGAACAUUUUUCUUUCUCCCAUAAAAAAUAUGAACCCUUGGAAGGAACGCAGAAUUUAUCAACUGCCUAAGGUAGUGUUGUCCAAACCUGGCCACUUUAAGAUGAGUGGACUUCAAUUCUCAGA